GAUAUAAGACUAUAUCUUCCUAUUCAUCACUCACAAUCCACUUCACAGGGUGCUGAUGAUUUGAUUGUUAAGCUGAACCAACCACCAAGUUUGAUACGGGGUCAUACUUUGAAGAGCAACAAUGGAAACACAUACUACGCCUUUCAAGAUAUUCCCUAUGGUGAGCCUCCAGUGGGAGAAAAAAGAUUUCAGCCUCCGGAAUUUCAUGCUGGAUGGGAUGGUAUUCUGAAUGCUACCCAAAAUAUCAAGACAUGCAAUCAAUUCUACCUUCUACCUGCGUCAGAGAAGACGGAAGCAAAUAAAGUUGUGGGGACUGAAGACUGCUUGAUCCUCAACGUCUAUACACCAGUGGUCCCUGGAACUAAUAAGAAAUUACCAGUAUACUUAUUCAUCCAUGGUGGUGCAUUUAUCGGAGGAAGUGCA